GGGUAAUGGGUGAGGGGCCCAGGUUCCUGACACAGACUACACCUAGGGAACGAAGACCAAGCGCCAUGUUGAGGCCAUCAUCACCACUCAGAUCCCUCUUAUUCCUGCAGCUGCCUCUGCUGGGGGUGGGGCUGAACACAACGGUCCUCACGCUCAAUGGGAAUGAAGACACCACAGCCGAUUUCUUCCUGACCUCUAUGCCCCUUAGGUCCCUCAAUGUUUCCUCUCUGCCCCUCCCAAAGGUUCAGUGUUUUGUGUUCAAUGUUGAGUACAUGAAUUGCACUUGGAACAUCAGCUCUGAGCCCCAGCCUACCAACCUGACUCUUCGCUAUUGGUACAAGAAUUCUGAUAAUGAUAAAGCCCAGGAGUGUGGCCACUACCUAUUCUCUGAAGAGAUUACUUCUGGCUGUCGGUUGGAAAAAAAGGAGAUCCAUCUCUACCAAACAUUUGUGGUCCAGCUCCAGGACCCACGGGAAGCCAUGAGGCAGGCCAUACAGAUACUAAAACUGCAGAAUCUGGUGAUCCCCUGGGCUCCGAGGAAUCUAACACUUCGCAACCUGAGUGAAUCCCAGCUAGAGCUGAGCUGGAACAACACAUACUUGGACCAUUGCUUGGAGCACCUGGUGCAGUACCGGAGUGACCGGGACCGCAGCUGGACUGAACAGUCAGUGGAUCACAGACAUAGCUUCUCCCUGCCUAGUGUGGAUGGGCAGAAACUCUACACAUUCCGUGUUCGGAGUCGCUUUAACCCACUCUGCGGAAGUGCUCAACAUUGGAGUGAAUGGAGCCAUCCAAUCCACUGGGGGAGCAAUACUUCAAAGGAGAAUCCUUCGUCGUAUCACUUCUCGGCCUUUUGGCCAAGAUCAAGUGGGGAUAAUCCUUCGUUGUUUGCAUUGGAAGCUGUGCUUAUCCCCGUCGGCUCCAUGGGAUUGAUUAUUGGCCUCAUCUGUGUGUAUUGCUGGCUGGAACGGACAAUGCCCCGAAUUCCCACCCUCAAGAACCUAGAAGAUCUUGUUACUGAAUACCACGGGAACUUUUCGGCCUGGAGUGGUGUGUCUAAGGGAUUGGCAGAGAGUCUGCAGCCAGACUACAGCGAGCGACUCUGCCUCGUCAGUGAGAUUCCCUUAAAAGGAGGGGCCCUUGGGGAGGGGCCUGGGGGCUCCCCCAGCAACCAGCAUAGCCCCUACUGGCCCCCCCGCCCUGUGUUAUACCCUGAAGCCUGAAACCUGAGCCCCAACCCCCUGACAGAACCCCAGGGUCCCAUAACCCCCAGUGGUACUAACUUCCCUUCAUCCAACCAGCCUGGGUCCGAGCCCUCUGUGGCUGAUUUUAAAUUUUGUGCCCCCAUGCAACUACCCCUUCAUUCAGUAUCCCCUACUUGAGAAUUGCCCCUUUGUCCUGUACCUGUUUCUCAUCUCCCCCAGCCUAGCCCUUCCUUUUGGUAGGAUUCUUUCUCCCUCCAUCCCUCUUAACAUCUACCCUUCAAUUGUUCCUGAAUCAAUGAGAAAUAAAGUUUCUGUUGAUAAUCA